UAGUAAAAACUAGAAAGUUGGAGCUUUUGAGCCAAAAAGCAGAGACAUUUUAGUUACAGAGCCAAAGAAAGAAAGCCACGGUUAGAUUACGUUCUAUUGUAUUUGUUUGUAUGCAGAAGAGGCUCUAGUCCUAGUUUUCUUCUCCUUUUUCUUACAUAAAAAUCACAACCCAACAAAAAAACACCUUCAUACACAGCCACUUAUGGAUCGGGAACCAUCCACACCUUCUCUGCCUCAAGGUCUUCGGGGGCUCUGUAAGAAUUGCUCUCAGCUCCGGCAGUUCAAACCCAUUUUCCAGCAACUCUUUGUGGUUUCGGUUAUCUAGUUUCUGACUUUCAGACUGAAAUUUGCUGGGCAAUUAAGAUUUUUGGAUCAAUAACCAUUCUCAGUAAGCAAUUAGAUUAGCCAGAGAACUUAUGGGGCAUUUAUCAUCCAUAUUCAAUGGACUGGCUCGGUCUCUAUCACUCAAGAAAGGUAGGAAUUCUGAAGAUCGUGGGGGAAGAGAAGCUGCAGAAACAAUGGCAAAAGAGGCGAAGAAGAAUGACUUGAUACUACGAACAUCCGGGAUUCUAAAUGCCGAUGGAUCAAACAAUUUCACCUCUACUUUCUCAAAGAGAGGCAACAAAGGAAUUAACCAGGAUUGCUUCAUUGUAUGGGAGGAAUUUGGAUGCCAAGAGGACAUGAUAUUUUGUGGAAUUUUUGAUGGACAUGGCGCUUGGGGACAUUUUGUUGCGAAAGCUGUUAGAGAAUCAAUGCCACCAUCUUUGUUGUGCAAUUGGCAGGAGACACUAGCUCAAACUUCCCUAGACCAGGAUUUAGACUUGGAAUCUGAUAAAAAGCAUCACCGGUUUAAUAUCUGGAAGCACUCCUAUAUAAAAACUUGUGCUGCUAUAGAUCAGGAACUAGAGCGGCAUCGAAAAAUCGAUUCGUUUCACAGUGGAACAACUGCUUUGACUAUUGUUAGACAGGGUGAACUCAUGGUGGUAGCGAAUGUUGGUGAUUCUCGUGCUGUGUUGGCCACAACUUCCGACGAUGGAAACUUGGUGUCUGUUCAGCUUACUGUCGAUUUCAAGCCCAAUUUACCUCAGGAGGCAGAGAGAAUAACAGAAUGCAAAGGGCGGGUAUUCUGUUUACACGAUGAACCAGGAGUGCAUAGAGUAUGGCUGCCAGAUGAGGAGUCGCCGGGAUUAGCCAUGUCCAGAGCUUUUGGGGAUUAUUGUGUGAAGGAUUUCGGACUUAUUUCUGUGCCUGAAGUAACACAGAGACAUAUAACAAGCAGAGAUCAAUUUGUUGUUAUGGCAACUGAUGGGGUAUGGGAUGUAGUUUCGAAUCAAGAAGCGGUGGAGAUUGUAGCUUCGACACCGGACAGGGCAAAAGCAGCUAAGCGUCUGGUGGAGCAUGCUGUACAUGCAUGGAAACGCAAGAGGAAGGGUAUUGCCAUGGAUGACAUUUCUGCUAUAUGUCUCUUCUUCCACUUUUCCCCCUUGUCUCAGCAAGUCCAUCCCAUAACCACACCCAAAUAGUAUUGGAAAACUAAUAGAAAUGGAUGUUUCUUGUAUUCAUCAAUUUUCUAACCUCCAGUCUUCAUUAUCAUAAUUGGUAAAGAAAUUGUUUCCUGCUA